AUGCUGUGGCCUAGUCCUAGUAACCCAAAGCUAAUCCCGAGUCGGCGAAGGUGGCAACCACUGUUCAUCUAUCCCGUCACUGAUGUCCAGAUGCUCCUGAAUAAGGCAGGUGCGAUCUGUUGGCGGCUCUCGGCCGUAACCUAUGAGACGUUGAGCGGGCUGUAUAGGUACAAGACCACUUUGAGUCAGCGGCUGUCGGAACGUGGCCAUGUUCUAAGAGCGGCGGUUGCGGUGGGGUUGGUCUACAACGACGAUGAGAGGCAGCUGAGCGACAGGUUGCUGGCAUCUCUGUGCGAGAAGGCCCAUCCCCACCUCCAUGACGGGCUGACGGCGGUGAAGGCUAGAGAGCUGCUAGCCUGGCGGGAGACGGUGGUCUUCGAGCACACCUCGCAUCGUUACGCCCUUGAGGGGCUCGGCGCGUUGACAUUCACCACCUGCUUCUCCCGACAUUGCCUCGUCUGGGUGAGGUUUACCAAGACUACCGAGGCAGUGAUUGCAGGGUGCGAGGUGGCGUGGGCAUUCGUCUAUGGGGUCUUCACCGUGCUGAUCCCCGACAACGUGUCGGUGAUCGACAAGUCGGGCUUGACCGACCCACGUUUCAACCAGGCGUUUGUCGAGUACUCGGAGUCUUGUCGCCUAUAUCUCGGCGAGUUUCGGUGGUUCUACUCCCAACGAGGGACCACAACGACGUUGUCUACCUGGAACAAUUUUGAUGGGCCGGGCCAGCCUUUCGCCGUCCAGAUCAGUCCGCCGAUCGAUAGCUGCGCCGUGAACUUCUUCAAGUUGGACCAGCAGUUGGGGCCGCCGUGGGCUCGGGGGAGCCCUUCGAGUAGGGAGUCUAUGCGUUUUUGUUGGGCUCAUACUUCUGAGGUCAGGCAGUAUCACAUCGUACAGCCGGGACUUACGUGUAUGGACAUUCAAUGUCUCGAUGAGCUGGGCGUCGAAGAGAAUGACCUGGGAUGGCAGUUCAAUGAGGUAGCUGUCGACCAUCUAGGCGACAUCGGGGGCGGCUUUGCAGGCCUUGCCGCGGAACAGGGCGCUGACCAGCCAGGGCUAGCUCUCGAUGCGCAAGUCGCCAAGGUCACGGUUUUUGUCAAGGGUGAAGACUGGGGCUAG